AUGUGCGGCGCUGAGGAGCCAGGGGAAAAGACCUGCAGCACGACGGACGAGGUAUCCGAGAAGGCGCGCGACGUCGCCGCCUACGACGUGGGCGAGCGCGUGGAGUACUGGAGCGAGACCCUGCAGAAGUACAUCCUGGCUGUGGUUAAGACGAUCAACCCUGACGGGUCGUACGACCUGGAUGUAAAAAGGAUGGCCCCGACGACGCACCUGCGCCGGCUGCAGCCCGGCGUGGUGCUGAACAGGAAGGGCAACAAGAUCCUGGGGUACAGGGGCGGCGGCGGCCCCGAGGCUGCCGCCCAGGGCCAGGCCAAGGCUGGCCGCCUGCCCUUGCAGGAGCAGCGGGUCUGCCUCAGCCUGGAGCAGCGGAGCGGGGGAAAACGCAAGCCGCGGCAGUCGGGCUGCUGA